CGUCAUGGCAUCUCCUGACUUGGCCCUCGUAACUGUAGGGCUGACACUCCUCUUUCUGGGUCAAAUCAGUUCCGCACUCAACCAGGAGACCAUAAAAGUGUGUCACACCUUCGGCAGUGGUGUUGUUGAGCCAUUCCAAGACACCCCGUUUCAUUUAUCUACUGACUGUCCAACCACUCUCCUGCACUUCAUUCAUCAAGAUGUGGAGUACAAGAUCACCACCACCCGCAAUAUAAAAACGGGUCUGAUCAAAAAAGUUGUGAUCACUCUUAACAACCUCAGAACUGUUGUGACAAAUGGAAUGAUAGAGGUGGAAGAUAAAAGUGUUUCUCUGCCUUAUGAUCACCUGUACAAACAUAUCUACCCAUAUGGCAUCUACACUCAGCUGAAAAGCAAGAUAAUGGAACUGUCUGUCAGAUGGCACUUUGUUGGCAAUGAGAUUGAUCACCUCUGGGUAAGAGAUUAUUGGUAA